AUGUGCCUGAAGUCUAAGACUCUCCCUGGGCACUUUCCACAUUUUGAGACCAGCAACAAGCAUCUUUCUCACUGCUCUCCACCGCCCUCAAGUGCAAUGGUUACUCAUUACAGCCUCGACAACGCAAUCAGCUCCUUCUUCGAAUCAAUGACCAGCGCAACAAGGCAGCAAUGUGAUGAUUUCGCACUAGGUCAUACGGGUGGGCAACCCAGUCCUGUACAGAUACAGGGAACAUUCAGCUACACCGUGGCCGUGGGGGCUACCAAAAUCCUGCAGUUUCGAGUCCUUGAUCCCAGCUUGGACAUGCAUGUCAUGAGUCUGGCCAAGGCAGUUCAUCCGCAAUUCGUGGCCAGCUGCAAGUAUCAUGGAACUAUCGGCCGAUCCCGGCCUGUCCAUAUUUACGAGAUGGAGAAUCUUCCUGGGGCAGCUUAUAUCAUAGCGCGCAGCAUCUCCACCAUACAAUCCGCCGACGCCGUGUCCCCGGCAGCGCAACACUGUGAAAGACCUAGCGAAGUGCGUGUAUACCAUACGAUGAUGUCUACGUUUCAAGCAGGAGCUGAUCAUGCGUGCAGUUUCUUCGCCCAAUCGUGGAAUAGCAGGCGACGAUUAGAUUUAGACAACAUGGCUACUCUACAGGCGGAGUUUGAGUCCAAGUGUGACGUUCUUACCCGAUCACUGCCGCCUCGAUUUACGUCGAACCUACACGGGGUUCGCCAAAGUCCACCGUCACUCUUCUCCGAGACGUUUCCUUUCGUUCUUAACCAUGGGGAUCUAUGUGAGAUGAACAUCCUGAUAGGCCGUGAAACGGGAAAUAUCACGGGGAUCGUCGACUGGGCCGAGGCAAGGAUCCUUCCGUUCGGCUUUGCCCUGUGGGGCCUUGAGAAUAUUCUUGGCUGCAUGGAUUCUACGGGAUGGCAUUACUACGAUAACCGCCGUGAACUUGAGGACCGUCUCUGGCGGGCUUUUCGGACCGGGCUCACAAUGCGUCGGAGGGCGACAUGCAGCUCAUCCGAAGUGCGAGGAUGGCGGGCUUGUUCUGGCGGUAUGGGUUUGUAG